GCCUCCAGUCUUUGACAGAUCGCCUGCUGAGUAUGAAAGCUUGGGAUUCAGAACUGGAAGAGGGGGAAGGUGAGGAAGGAGGAGAGAAGGAGACGUCCAACGGUACAGCCCAGGACAGAAAAGGAGACAUUAUGAAGGACACACAAGGCCAUCUGCAGAAAGUCCAGAAACUCAUCUACGCCGCUAAGCUGAAUGCAGACCUCAAAUCUGUCGAUGAAGACAAGGACAGAUUAUUUGCAAAACUGGACGAUGAAGUCAAAGCUAAAGAAGACCUGCAAGUGAGCAUUAAGGAGAUGGAAAGGGAGAAGUCCUCUCUGCAGACAGAAGCUGAGACAUACUCAGAUCAGGUCCAAAAAUUACAACAGAAACUCCAGAUUAUGACAGAAAUGUACCAGGAGAACGAGCUCAAGCUACACAGGUAGGCUACAUGUUUAGUAUC